AUGCCGAAGGCCAUAAAACAACUUCAGAUCCACUCCUACCGUGACUCCCCUCCCGGCCUCCACCGCAAAACCUUCGCCCCACCGCGCCUCCCAGGAACUCUCAGAGCGGCGGCGCCCAAGCGCUUUUCCCUCCCAGUCCGGGCUCCCCGGCCCCCGACCCUCCCAAAGCGGCUGGCUCCGCGAUCGCCAGCACGUUUAGGUAUCGUUCGCUCUCCCAAGUCACACACGGCCUCCUCCAGCUCAAUUUCCAGCGCAGCCGGGGAUCAGGGGAACCCCAGGCGUCUGCGCUGCCUGCCCCCCACCCACCCACCCACUCCGCGCCCCAGAUCAGGCCUUCGGGGCGGACGACCAAGUUUCCCCCCUCACUCCCGCCGGGGGCAUUGUUUACCACCACCCGCCACAAAAGCAGCCGCGGCGGCCCGGAGAAGGGCGGUGGGGGGUGUCCCGGUGGGAUCGGGCCCACCCCUGUGGUCCCAGGGGAGCGGCCGAUGCCUAGCCCCCCGCCACGUCCAGCCUAGGCCGAGCGCCGCCCCCCGCACCGCCAUCGGGCCUCCGACCCUUCGUCCCCGAUCCGCACACGCCUGCCCUCUGGCCCGGGCUCCAACUCACCACGGGCGGGCUGGGGACAGCGGGGGAGCGCGCGUGCCCCGUCCCCGAGCCCGCACCAGCCAUCCCGCAAACUUUGCAACUCCCGCCGGUCCCCACAACUUCGGAGCCUGGGGCCCCAGCGGACUCGAGGAGCGAGGCAGGGCCCCCGCGAGGACACUUACCUUCCGGCGUAGUCAGGGCCCCAGCCCCCGGGGUGGGCGGCUGCUUCCCAAAGUUCCACCGCGGACGGGCAGGUCAAAAGAGAGUAUUGAAAAGCCUGAUCACAAAGGCGCCAAACUGCAAAGCCCGCAGCGGACACCGGGAGGGCCUGGCCAGCCCCCUUACGUCACCAGCACCAGGUUGAGGCGCCUGGGCGCCGCCCCCUUCUGCUUCUGGCCCCGCCUCCUCGGGCCGGCCCCCGACGUCAUCAUCCCGCGCGGCAGCGUCCGAGUCACUUGGCCCCGCCCGCGCGGCGGCCGGCCCCAGUGUCAAUGCCCGCACCAGCCAUGGCCCCGGCCUGUGGUUUGUAAGUUGUCAUCCGAAGCUCCCGACGUGGGCAGGUCCUGA